AUGUUAGUAUUAAAAGAAAGUUUAGCCACAUUUUUUGCAAAAAAUAAAAAGAAAAUUACUAGCCAAAAAAUAACUAUUUGUUUAGGAAAUGAAGGGUGCGAUUUAGAUUCAUUUAUAAGCUCCCUUAUCGUAUCUUAUACUGAAGACCAUAUAUUUGUCGUAAAUAUGAGAAAAGACGUUUUUAUUAGUAAGGGAGAUCUAAUGUUUGUUUGCGACAAAUUUGGUAUUUGUGUAAAUGAUCUUAUUUUUUUAGAAAAGCCUCAAGGAAUAUUUUCAAGUGAAGCUAAAAAAAUAGGUACUUAUUUUUUAGUUGACAAUGAAAAGUAUUUUAUCAACGACAAAGAAGUAACAAUAAUCAUAACAGAUCAUAACGAACCUAUUGAAGAAUUGAGGGAUUGUGAACUUGAGAUGAUUAUAGAUCAUCAUAUAAUUACAAAUAAUAUAUCUAGCGCUAAACGGAUUUAUAUUGAUAUCGAUGUAGGUUCAGCAACUACUUUGGUAUCUAAAUACUUGGCACACGAUUUGUCAAAAAAAUUACACUGUUUUGUUAAGAAAAUUAAAAAAAAUCGAUCGAUAUUGUGCGCACAAAUAGCAAGUCUAUUAAUUAUUCCAAUUUUACUUGACACAAAUUUUUUAAAAAAACGUGUUGGCGCAUUUGACAUUCUUGAAUACAGAAAAUUAAAGAAAAUUAGUUGUUUAAAAAAGAAAGAACUAAAGCAAACUUACAAAAGCAUUAAAAAAGCACGUUAUAAUGAUCAUUUAUUUGAUACAAGUAUUAUUCUGCAAAAGGAUUUAAAAACAUACAAUUCUGCUGACUAUAUUUUUGGAAUGUCUGUAAUAAAAUAUAAAUUUGAGGAUUGGAUAGACAGGGAAACUAAAGACAUCACUGGUCUUGAAAAGGACAAGGAAGGGAUAGCAUUGUUAUGCAAAUUACAGGCUUUUAAAGAAAAAAUGGGGCUUGAUUUUUAUUUUGUAUCGACUAAAAUUAAAGGAGUACGAACAAUAAUUAUAUUAGAUUUUCCUUUUCUUAAAAAUCUUAUGAACGAAAUGAAAAUGCACAAAAUAGAAUAUAAAGGAUUAAUCUAUUUUAAAAUAGAUAUAAAAUUGACUAGGAAAAUUUUUAUACCUAAAAUUAUUGAUAUGUUGUUGAAAAAUUGUAAAAAUUGUCAAUAA